AUGUUUCAUCCUUUCCAUGGGCUUGCCAUCCAGAAUAUUUUGUGGGCUUGCCAUCUGACGGCGGUGAACAGCGCCGGCCAAAAGAUGGCGUCUUCCGACGAAUGCCGCCUGUGUUGGUGCAAGGAUUUGGAUGACCUUGAAGAUGAAGACAAACAUAUUGCUGCAGGGAAUGCAGGACACCUUUGCUUUCCCUGCAACUGCCGAGCACCUGUGCAUGUGAGAUGUCUGUCAGAAUGGCACCAGUCUCGAUGGUGGCAACUAUUGGAGCAGGGCUUCAAUUUUGACGAAGCACAUGCGCGCAUCGACACCUGCGAGGUUUGCGGUGCCCGUUGGAUGACCCGCGGACGGCCCAAGCCCUUGGCGGCCUGGGCGCUGUGCCGGGCACGGGGCGGCACGGGGAAGGUGGCACUGAGGCGUUUCCCUACUCUGUCCCGAGCAACGAGAAACUUCUCGGACUACGCAGCCGCUAAUGGUCAAAGAUUGGAACUGCUGGAGCAAGACGUCACCGGCGAAUUCUUCCGUGUCCGCCUGGCUCCAGCAGCGUUCUAUCAGGGGGAAGGCAGCAGCGCCAUUGCUGAAGGUUGGAUACGCCAUGUCUACCUUGAAUUCGAAUCCGAAACGGUUGCGGCUCGCUUGCCCACGCCCACAAUGCCGCCUGCAUAUACUUAAUUACUUCCAGUUCUUGACUUCUGAGGGGUGAGACCGGUGAGACUUCAGCGAUUGUGACGUUGAAAGUCUGACAUUGCUGAAA